CGGGUGUUCUCCUGUCCCUUUCGUCAGCUUGAUCAUGUCUCUCUCGGAGCUCCCAGCACCCCAGAAGAACGACAUGGUCGUUAGCCUCGCCGCCCUCCUCCUGGAGGACGCUGGCUCCGUGCUUACCGCCGAGAACAUCAGCGCGGUGGUGGCGGCCACGAAGAACGAGGUGCCGGCCUACUACCCCACCCUCUUCGCGGCCAUGCUUGAAAAAUCCGAGGGCUGCGCGAUGUUCUGCAAGAUGAGCGCGGGCGGCGGCGGUGGUGGGGGCGGCGGCGGCGGCGGCGGCGGCGCGGCGGCACCGGCUGCCGAGGAGAAGAAGGUAGAGGAGGAGGAAGAGGAGGAGAUCGACAUGGGCGGGGGCAUGGACAUGUUCGGCGGCGGUGAGUGA